AUGACAAGGAUACAUACAGGAAAAGUUGCUGACGAAACACUAGCAGUCGUUAUCGACAAUGGCUCGUACAGCAUCAAAGUGGGAUACGCCGGAGCAGAAAAACCGCAAUAUGUUUUUAGGUCAUUAGCGGCAUAUUCGGAUGGAACGGAACUAGUAGUUGGAAAUGAUUCUUUGAAACAUACUGAAACAAGAGGUAUAAUGACGCCAGUACAACAUGGAAUAGUACGGAAUUGGGCACUCGCCGAAAGGUUAUGGAUGCACGCGUUCCAAGAUCAACUGAAAACCUCACAAAGAGAACAUCCUAUACUGCUAACAGAACCCCCGCAAAAUCCAAAGUUACAUAGAGAAAGAUGCACGCAGUUGUUCUUCGAAGUAUUCGAUAUACCAGGGUUGUAUAUGGCGCCAACAUCACUACUCGCGCUGUAUGGAGCCUGUAGAACCACGGGAUUCGUAGUAGAUAUCGGAGAAGGCAUACCUCAUGCUGUACCGGUAUAUGAAGGAACCAUUGUACCACAUGCAAUCGAGAGACUGGAUGUAGGAGGUUAUGAUCUUACAUCCUUAGUCAUGGCCAAUAUAGAAGCCCUAGAUAGCACGGAAUAUUCAAGCAGAGCCACCGCAAACGAGAUAAAAGAAAAAUGCUGCAAAGUCGUCAUGAAUUAUGAACAAGAAAUCCAAAAAAUCGAUAAAAAAAAUACAACAUACACACUACCUGAUGGAAAUGUUGUCAAUAUCGGAAAAAUAUCCAUACAGUGUCCAGAAAGCAUACUCACACCAGAAGUAGGUGGAUUCAAGGCCCCCAAACUAGCAGAAGUUAUAUAUCGCGCUAUCAAAAAUUGCCAUCCAGAUAUGCACAAGAUACUAUUCAAUAACAUUGUCAUCACCGGUGGAAGCUCACUCUUCAGCGGACUACUGGAAAGGUGCGAAAAGGACAUAUUGAAAGUGGUCAACGGAAAUGCAACCAUCAAACUUAUAGAUGACGUCAAAAAUAGAGGAACCGCAGUAUGGACUGGAGGAUCAAUAGUAGCAUCACUGUCCACAUUCCAACACAUGUGGGUUACAAAGGCAGAAUAUGAAGAAUCAGGACCAACCGUUAUACAUAGAAAGUGUUUCUAA